AUGGCAUCUAAUGAAGAUAUUGGAUCUCAACAAAGUGAUAAUAAUAUUUCUUUAAUGUCUGAUGCCGCAACUAUCGAUUCGAAUGAAAGCUUUCAAUUGCAUAAAGAUGACAAAAUAACGAAAAAAGUUCUACAAAGUAAACGAAACGCUAAACAUAUAUUGGAAGAUACUCAUAAAAAAAUCGAUUCUAAUAUCAAAAUCACAUAUAAUAAUUUAUUAGAUGACGUUGAAGUUAUGAAAUCUGAAUUAGAAAACAAAUCCAAGAAACCUGAAAACGUUGUUGAACUUCAACCUGAAGAAUCAUACUCUAAUUCGGAAAUAAAAUGUUUAACAAAAGGAAUCGAAAAAGGUUCCAAUAAAGUUAAGGUUGGAGAUAUCGAUCCUAAGGAAAACGUUGAUAAUACACGUAAAGAAACGUUACUUGAAGUAAAUACUCAACCAGAAAAUGCACAACCAGUUAUACAAGAGUGCAUGCAAUUCAUAAUCGCAGAAAAAACGGAUGAUUGCACGAAUAAUGUUCGCCUCGAAUUUGACACGUCCAUCAAUUGUUUGGUUCAAAAAUUUGACGAGUCUAUCGAUCGUCAAAGCGAUAAGAAUGAAGAUGUACGUAGCAAGAUGAAGGACCUUUCAAAUUUGGUGGAUGAAAUCAGUAAGGCGACAAGUGAAAUGCAGGAGAAUGUAAAAGAACUUCAAGUUUUUACAACAACAAAGGUUCCAGAUAUUGAAAAAUGGUUUAAAGCUUUGCAAGACAAAGCUCGCAAGAACGCUGAUGAUUUAAAUGUAAAAUUUGAUAAACAAAAUGAAAGAUUCAAUGGUCAAAUACGAGAUGCAUUAUCAAAAUAUGAUGAACUUGAAAAGAGUUUAAAUUUAAUGGAUAGUAAUUUGAAAAAGUUGCCAAAGAUUGAACAACUUAACCAAAACAGUCAAGAACAAAUUCGGACAAUACAAGUCAAAUCGGAAGAACUUGAACGCAAAACAAAUGAAUCAGAAGUCUCAUUACGUGAUAAAUUGGAAAAUCUUGGACGUAAAAUUGAUUUAAUGAGUACCGAAGCUCAUAAAAAUAUAGGAGAUAUAAAAGAGGAUUUGAAUAAAUUCGAUAGUCGAAUAACUUUAUUAAAAGAAAACGAGGAUGGAUUAGAAAAUCGUUUACAAAAAGAACUCAAAGAAAAUGAAAAAAAUAUCCUUCUACACCUUGAAGAAGAUAGGGCCAAAAAAAUUGCUUUGAUGAUUACAUCCGUUCAAGAAGAGGCGGAAAAAUUAUUUGGAAGGUUAGAUAUUCUGGAGUCAUUAUAUGAAGAUCUCCGAAAAGAGAUCAAAGAGAGCGAGGCUGAAGUAAUGAAAAGAUUGGUGGACGACAGAGUCAUGUCUGAUCAAAUUAUUCGUGAUAAAAUCAAAGAAGCGAUUGAUUUUUAUGCUAAAGAGUAUGAUGCAAAGAUUCAUGAAGCGAUCGAGUCAUAUGAAGAAAGAGUUAAUAAACUUGCGGACACGUCCUUCGAACUUGAAACUACAUUUAAUGAGGAAAUUCAAAAAACGGCCGAAAGAAGAAUUCGUGCUAUCGAAGAAGAGAAUAAAAAACUGAAGGAGCAUAAGCGAGGAUUAAAAAAUAAAUUAGAAGCAAAAGAAGCUGAAUAUAUCGAAUUUAAAAUCGAAUGUGAUCGCAAUGAUGGGAUAAUCACUAGAUUAGGCUACGAUAAAAAUGAAUUAGAGAAAAAAGUUCAAUAUAUAAAAAAUGAACGAAAACAGUUGGAAACCAAGGUCAGAGAAAUGGAAAAUCAAGUCCACGAAAUGGAAAGAAUUCACAAGACGAACCUCGCGGAAAGAGAAGAAGAAUUCCGAAAAUUGAAAGUUACUGUGGAAAGACUUGAUCAACGAGCAAUAACAAUUGAAGUCAAUAAAGAUUGGUAUAAGAGAUGGUUGAAUGUUUCUUUCAUCGUUAUUAUAGCUCAUUUAAUGGCAAUUAUUUACCUCCUUGCGUAA